AUGAACCUGCUUAUUAUUGGCUGUUUAGCUGCUGUCAUUAUCUUCGAACACUCUUUCUAUAUUUUCGACAAGCGGUGCUAUCUUAAGGACCAGUGGCAGUCUGCUCCCUCUUUUUAUGUCGCCCUCGACCAGUACAUAUCAUCUUCGCAUGCAGCUGCUGUCAGGAAAGCUGUGACCGUCGCCGUCCACACCUACCAAGGACCCUCGUUUACUUGGAAAGUCAAGCCAUUGUUUGGACGCUUCCGGGUGGGAAAACAAUCUAUUCGUGACUCUCAAAAGAUGGAGUUGAUCGAGACGAUUGUUAAAAUCGCUUUAGAGCAUCACAUGCACCUCAAUAUUAAGCAACGCGACACAACAUAGAUGGCGACGUGGAGCUAACGCAUCUUAGCGGUGGAUGUACCUUCCUCGGGUGGUCUGUUGAGGUAGCUUUAGGAGGUGAAACUAUACGACAUGGUUCUAUGAUUACAAAAGAUAGCGCUUUCCCCGAUACGGUGUACGGGUGUUUGAAGCAUGGGAGUCACCCUCAGCUGAGAUGGUGGUGGGAUCUACUGGGCUUGAUGUACCCCUGAAGCAUUCUUUGUCCGAUUCAAGUGCAUUGAGGUCGGGUAUGCUCAACGUACCAUUUUGCUCCACAGCCUAUCUCGACUUGGGCCAAUAUUUUUAAAAGCAAUACAGUUUUGUCAUUCAGAGUUACAUCAUAUAUAAAUGCAUGGAACGU